AGUCGGAGAGGUAGUGAGAGUGUGUGUGUGUGUGUGUGUGUGUGUAGGAGAGAGACAGAGAGACAGACCCCAUUUACCAGGCUAAGCCCAUGUGCCAGACAGCACCAUCCUCUCUUUGUACGGUGUAGCGGCCGCCCCUCUUCCACGUGCGCGCCUCUCCUCCCCCCUCCUCCUCCCUCUGGAAGUAGUGGAGGGGAGAAGGGAGGAGGGUCUGUGCUUGGCAGAGUACUGAGGAAGCGGAGGAAGGGCCAGCACGGAGAGAGAAGCCCCUCCAGACCGAGCAGCCACAGCGCGACCCUGCCCCAAGACAUGGCCCUUUUUCUGGACAGCUCCCAGAGCGCGGGGGCCUAUUACUGCCUCGUCCGCACCAGGUUCAAAAGGAGGCGCAAAAAACGCUCCGAACGCAAAGGUGCCGUCGUCAAAGCAAUGACAGAAGGUCGAGCUGGCUUGCGGCAGCCCCGUAACCAGCCCAGGUUCCACACCAUGGAGGGGGACGAGGAGGAGAGCAUGAGUUCAUGCAGCACUGAUGUUAAGGAAAAUCGCAACCUGGACAACGUGUCCUCCAAAGAGGGGGCAGGUGAGGCAGCACAGAUCCCCAAUGGGAGUGCUGGGGGAGGCAGGAAACGGCCCCUAGAGGAGGGCAAUAAUGGGCAUGCUCACUCCAAGUACAGGCCCAAGAAGCGUAAGAAAACGCCAGGGCCCAUUCUCCCCAAGAAUGCCCUGAUGCAGCUGAAUGAGAUCAAGCCGGGCUUGCAGUACAAGCUGCUGUCCCAGACGGGGCCCGUUCACGCGCCCGUCUUUGUCAUGAAUGUGGAGGUCAACGGGCAGCAGUUCGAGGGCUCUGGACCCACCAAGAAGAAGGCCAAGCUGAACGCUGCGGAGAAAGCCCUGCGCUCCUUCGUCCAGUUCCCCAACGCCUCGGAGGCGCACAUGGCCAUGGGGCGGACUCUCACGGUGAACACAGACUUCACCUCCGACCAGGCCGACUUCCCAGACAUGCUGUUCAAUGGGUUUGAGACGUCGGCCCCGCCGGAGGACUCCUUCUACCUGGGCUCCAAUGGCAACGGGUCCCUGAACCCCCUGGGACUGGAGUACCCUGCCCUGCUAGGCGCCCCCAGCUCCAACGGCCUGGCCCAGUCCCCGCUCCCCGUCCCCUCGGCCUUCACCUGCCCCUCUAGCGGCAAGAACCCAGUCAUGAUCCUCAACGAGCUACGCCCGGGCCUCAAGUACGACUUUGUGUCUGAGAGCGGGGAGAGUCACGCCAAGAACUUUGUCAUGUCCGUGACGGUAGACACGCAGAACUUCCAAGGUUCGGGCCGCAAUAAGAAGCUUGCCAAGGCGCGAGCCGCCCAGGCCGCUCUCUCUGCUCUCUUUAACAUGCAGCUGGACCAGACGCCGUCCCGCCAGCCCAUCCCCCGAGAGGGCCUCCAGCUGCACCUGCCGCAGGUCCUGGCAGACGCCGUCUCCCGUCUGGUGGUUGACAAGUUCAGCGAGCUGACGGAGAACUUCACGUCUCCGCAUGCUCGGCGGAAAGUCCUGGCCGGUGUCGUUAUGACAACAGGCACUGACGUCAAGGAAGCCCAGGUGAUCUGUGUCUCCACGGGGACCAAGUGUAUAAACGGCGAGUACAUGAGCGACCGCGGCCUGGCGCUCAACGAUUGCCACGCUGAGAUCAUCGCUCGCCGCUCUCUCAUUAGGUACCUGUACACACAGCUGGAGCACUUCCUCAGUAGCAGCAGAGAGGAGCACCAGAAGUCCAUCUUUGCCAGAUGUGACAAACAUGGCUUCCGGCUGAAGGAGAAUGUCCAGUUCCACCUCUACAUCAGCACGUCACCAUGUGGAGACGCCCGCAUCUUCUCACCCCACGAGGCAGGAGUGGAGGAUCAAGGAGACCGACACCCCAACAGGAAAGCUCGCGGUCAACUGCGGACCAAGAUCGAGUCUGGGGAGGGCACCAUCCCCGUGAGAUCCAGCAACACCAUCCAGACCUGGGACGGGGUUCUGCAGGGCGAGCGGCUGCUCACCAUGUCCUGUAGCGACAAGAUAUCCAGGUGGAACGUGGUUGGCAUCCAGGGCUCCCUGAUGAGCUUCUUCACAGAGCCCAUCUACUUCUCCAGCAUCAUCCUGGGCAGUCUGUACCACGCCGACCACUUGUCCCGUGCCAUGUACCAGAGGAUUGCCGACAUUGAGGACCUCCCACUGCCUUUCAGCCUGAACCGUCCACUCCUCAGUGGCAUAAGCAACGCAGAAGCUCGACAGCCAGGGAAAGCCCCGAAUUUCAGUGUGAACUGGACUGUGGGGGACCAGGCCCUGGAGGUGAUCAACGCCACCACUGGGAAGGAUGAUCUGGGACGACCAUCCAGGCUGUGCAAGUACGCCUUGUUCAACCGCUGGGUCCGCCUUCACUGCAAGCUCUCAAAUACCCUGAGAAUUAAAAUGGCCAAACCAGGGUCUUACCACGAAGCCAAACAAGCUGCAUUGGAGUACCACGCUGCCAAGCAAGCUCUCAUCAAGGCCUUCCACAAAGCAGGACUGGGUGCCUGGGUGAAAAAGCCCAUCGAACAGGAUCAGUUCUCUCCUGAGUAGCUUGUGUUGUGGGAAAUGGCGAAAAGACGGGCAUGGAAAACGAACAGCUGUUUGACCCAUGCAUUCUCUGUAGUCCAUCCCUGUAGGGUGUCUGUCUCUCUCUCUCUCUCUCUUUCUCUCUCUGUCUCUGAUGCGGUGAGUUUAUUGAUUGAAACUUGCCUAGACACUGCAUAUUUAGUAAGUACACCUUCAAACAUACCUCUCCAAAAUAUUCACAACACGUUAAUUUUUAAAUGUCUUGCCUUGCACUUUUAAGGCAAUGUAUUCAAUUUGCCAUUGGGAUUUUUUACUGUGAAUUUUAAAGCAUUGCACUGAUUAGCACUUGUCAAAAUGUGAGACGAUUGAAAUUUUCCUCACAACAGAAACUCUAUUCAUGGCUUUGUUUCUGUAUCUUGAUAUUCCUUUGCUUCUAUUCCAUGGCAUGGAAUGAUAAAAGAAAGGGUGUUCGUAUACCCUGUUCACGUCCGUCAAUAUUUCACUUGGCCAUUUUCCCUACUAUCUUUCUGAACCACUACAGAAGAAAGAGAUGUAGAAUUCAAUUUGUUGACAUCAUUGCUAAUGUAAUCAAGCCUAAUAAGGUUAAUUCACUCCUCAGUAGAAGUGCAUCUCUCCACCAAAAAGAGUUUCCAGAAUCCACCAUGGUUCUUUCUGUACAUAAGGGAAGAGGUGCAUACUGUUAUGUCUUUGUGAUUCUUAACUUAAGCUCACCAAAGAUGAUGUCAGCAUAAAGUUAUAUUUUGUUUUUGUAAUGUAAUGUUUAUUUAUAAAUGUCAUCUAUGUUUUUUAUUUAUUUUAAUUACCCGUUUACUUUCACCCCCUUUGUCUCCUGCCUUUUUAAAGUGUUACAGGUAUUUGUGUAUGUAGAUAUAGUGUAAAUAAAAGGAACUAUUGUGUUGUUUUGAA